AUGACAAAUUUUAACCCGCCAAGGGGCCCCAAAAGAUCAUCCGAGUGUGUUGAGUGUGAGCCUCCCAAUCACUGCAACAAGCGCCAGAAACCAGCAAAGAGAUCGCCGGAGCAGGUUGACGAGGCGGCGUUCAUAGAGUACAUGGAGACAUAUCUACGGCGCGGAUUUUCAGUGAAAGGUUCCCACGUUCUGAGUCAUUUGAAAGUAUAUCGCAAGCGUGUCCAAAGUCCAAAAAAGCCCGUCGGUAAAGACUGGGACUCCGGCUUCUUCGAAAGGUAUCCCAAGGCCCAACAGUGGCAUCUGCCUCGCUCAGGGAAGACUACGCCGAAUGACCGAACUAUUGACCACGAUACUGCAGCACUCUGCAACAUCCUGGACGAGCUUGCUGGUUUAGUAAAAAGCAAGAAAAUCCCCAGAGACAAGAUAUACUUUGCCUUGAACGCAGGGUAUAUGGUCAGCGGCUCACGAGGGAUCACUCCAGCAAUCAAACGGCCCCAACGCCCUGGGGAUGUUCGCCGGGAAGCACCUAGUGUCGUGUAUGCGUUUUCCAGUACCGGGCAGGCAAUCGAUCCUUAUUUCAUCUUCCAAAGCAAUGAGCAGACGGGCCAUGCAGAAAUCAAGACCUCGCAAGGUCGUCAACUGUGGGCGUACUACAGUGAAACUGAAUGGGCCGACGACUCGUCUCUGAUGGACUGGUUCUUCAGAGUUUUCCACCCUCAAACGAAGGGAUCGGGCAAUGAUAACGCAAAUUUCCUGAAUAGGAUCAUUGUUCUUGAGGAGGAACGAUUCCCGGUCACAAAGGAGCUAUAUGCCUCUUGCUGGGCGAAAAACGUCUAUCUGAUUUCCAUUCCGCGAACAACUCCUGGACGCAUCAUCUUGAAAGUGUUCGAAGACUUGAUGCAGGGCAGCCGGUUCGGGGAGCCUUAUGAUACAUUCGCGAAGAAGAACAUGAAGCGCGACGACAAGAUGUUCUCUGUUUCAAACGAGAAGCUCAUCGACUUUAUCUAUGGACAGACCCGCCAACCCGAUCUCGGUACCUUUGUUCGAGAGGCAUGGCGAGAAUCUUAUCUGAUGCCCACCCGAUCGAAAGAUUUCCUCCAGUUUGUCGAAAUGCGCAAGCCGACACCGCGUCAUCCUCGUGCAACUCCGCUGCUUCAGAAUCCCCGCAAUAUCAGCGCACAGCAUGCGAUCUCUCCGACAUCCGACAUGUCGACUCCAACCAUAGUGCCCGCAAGAAAUCGAGGUCGAAGUCCUCCCCCUGGGAUAAAGUCCCCUCGCAUGCUGCGCUCGAGUAACCGGCAUGCAUAUCAGACUCCGCUUAGCCCUGGCCAUGAUCGCGUGGACGAUUACAUCUACCACGAGCCGGAUUGGACUGAUAACGUGAGGCGACCUUCAUUCCAUGAAGAUCAAGAGGAUGAAGAGCCCGAGCUCCCUAGGUCUCGAGCAGCCAGUUUUGAUGACAGAGAAGGGUCAGAAUGGACACCCUCCAGACCCCCCGCGAUCAAAAUGGACCAGGAGCAGGGCUCGCUCCCGGGGUGGAAGAGCCACCAGCACACCCGACAGGACAAAACUGCGAGAGUUCUAUGA